AUGCCCACCGCUGGCCUCGAAGUGUCGCCGAUUCGCUGCCUUGCCAGACCUCCGGUUGGCAACCCUGUUGCCCAGAGCCACACCCAAUCAGAGUGGCAGAACCACACCGGCCUAACCGCUUCAGCCAGACCCACUUCAGCGGGCCACUGUCGCCAGACUCGGGCCGAGGCAAGCGGUGAAACAGAUCGUCGAAGAGAUUCCCUCCAAACCGGCUCGACUCAACUCGACCUGCCUCCUCAACCGCCUCAACCGCCUCAACGGCGUCGUGCAGUCGAAAGCGAUGAACUUUUUCACUCCGCCAAUCGGAUCGGCGUUCCACAUGAGUGCGCCCAGCAUCAGCCGCCUUUCACUAAAUCGCGGCCAUUUGUCCUGCUGGUCUGCUAUUCACAAAACCUUCACUUUACGUUCAUUCAAGCAGCUCAUCUUUCCUAA